GAGAUCUCAACUUCCGGAAAGGAUUGUGUUUCGCAUAUAGAUAAAUAAUUCACCUUCCUGGUUUGAAGGCUACCUUGUCAGGAGGAAAUUGAAGUAUACCAUCUGAAGCAGAAUACAGAGAUUGUGAGUGGGUCAUCAGGCAGUCUCCCUAUGUCAGGCCGAAACGGGUCUGCAAGUGAUGCAGACUGCCGGAUCUCUGAGGACUGCCAUGUCCCAGAUGUUGAGUUGAUGGAGCUGGGGCCACUGCUGGAGGAAGGAGGGGGGCGCCAGGCAGCAGCUAAAGGCGUCCAUCCAGAGGGAGCUGCCAUGCUUGCUGAUGAGGAAGAGGAGGAUGAUGAGGUGGGAGAGGUCCUUACCUUACCACUUCAGGCUCACCACGCCAUGGAGAAGAUGGAAGAGUUUGUACACAAGGUUUGGGAGGGGCGCUGGAGGGUCAUCCCUUUUCAUGUCCUGCCAGAGUGGCUAAAGGACAACGAUUACCUCCUGCAUGGACAUCGACCCCCUAUGCCCUCCUUUCGAGCCUGUUUUGGAAGCAUCUUCAGAAUUCACACUGAGACAGGAAACAUCUGGACUCACCUGUUAGGGCUGAUCUUAUUCCUUUGUCUGGGCACGUUAACCAUGCUGCGGCCCAACAUGUAUUUUAUGGCCCCACUGCAAGAGAAAGUGGUGUUUGGGAUGUUCUUCCUGGGAGCUGUGCUCUGCCUCAGCUUCUCCUGGCUUUUCCAUACAGUCUACUGCCACUCUGAGAAAGUGUCUCGCACCUUCUCCAAACUUGACUACUCGGGCAUUGCCCUCCUGAUCAUGGGCUCUUUCGUGCCCUGGCUGUACUACUCGUUCUAUUGUUCCCCUCAGCCUCGACUUAUCUACCUCACCAUUGUAUGUGUCCUCGGCAUUGCCGCCAUCAUAGUGGCCCAGUGGGACCGCUUCUCCACACCUCGUCACAGGCCAACAAGAGCAGGUGUGUUCAUGGGUCUGGGACUAAGCGGCAUUGUCCCCACCAUGCACUUCACCAUCGAGGAGGGUUUUGUUAAGGCCACCACUGUCGGCCAGAUGGGUUGGUUCUACUUGAUGGGGGCGAUGUAUAUCACUGGUGCUGGUCUGUAUGCAGCUAGGAUCCCUGAACGCUAUUUCCCUGGCAAGUGUGACAUCUGGUUCCAUUCCCAUCAGAUUUUCCAUGUUCUGGUCGUGGCAGCAGCGUUCAUCCAUUUCUACGGUGUUUCCAACCUGCAGGAGUUUCGUUACGGCCUCGAGGGAGGAUGCACAGAUGACUCUCUACUCUGAGAGCCCUGACUGUGACUUACUCAUACUUUUCUUUAUAGCCCCACAAACAACACAAACGCACACACAAACACACACACACACGCACACAAACACACACACACACACACACACACACACACACACACACACACACACACACACACACACACACUUAAAAUGCUGCUGGAAUUCAAUAGUCACUUAUUGCUCCUUCUGUACUUCUGAUUUGCUCACAUUCUGUUUGGGUUCUGACGGUCUUUCUGCUUUGGCUCUUUUUUGCUCAAAUAAAGUAGCAUUGACUAGCCAAUGAGCUAUGGAGGGAAUCUUCAACGGUCACCACUUCUUCAAUAAGUAUGAAGCUUAAAGUAUGUGUUUCAAAGAAAGGUCAAAAUGGGACUUCAACCAAAAUCAUGUAUUCCUGUAACUGAUGUUCAUUUCUGAGAAGCUCACUAGUAGCCCAACUUCUCCAUAGUCUGUUACCAUUGCACAAAGGGUAUAGAGAGUUUUAUUUGUACUGUAGCAGAGAGCACAUACUAUAAACAAUUCCUUUUCUCCCUCCCAUUUUCCUUAGAGGUUAGAGGACGAAUGUACUGUCAGCCAGAAGCAUCUUGUAGAGCAGUCCAGGGCCAGUUAGGUGCUUGAGAGCCUGCACACAUUUGCUUGAGGAGGAUGAAAGUAUACACAUAUAGUGUGUAUGGAAUUCAUCAGAUUUUUUUUUUUUGAUUGACACUGAUUGUGCAGCUUUCCAUUAAAACCUGUAGAAAUCUGUACAAACCCACCCAUGUCCACUCUGCAAUAAAACAUGAACUGUACUCUCAAAGCCCAGUCAGUACUCUAAAAUCCCAUUGACACAAAAUAAAAUAAGAAAUGAAUAAAAGGAACGUAUAGUUUAGAUCCCAUAAAUAUGAUGUACAGACGUGUCACAGUAACACUAUGGGUAAUGGUAAUCAGAUCCUUGACCAAAAUGAAUCAAAGGGUUGGAUCUUUCUCGUUUUUUUUUGUUUUUUUUUUGUUUUUUUUAUUAUUUUAUACUGAAAUGCUUAGAAGUUCCUUUGCAUUGGAUGCAUUAUUUUAAUUGACAAAAGUCAAACAAAAAAAUUUCAAAUUGUUUAAUGGCACGGAAAAGCUGUAAAAGUUUUUUGCUCCUGUGGAAAAAUAAAUUAGCUCAGUUCAGGUUAGAUUAAGAUGAUUAAAAUGCUGAAGUGAAAAGAACUCACCUGCCAUCUUUUUUCAGUCAGACAACACAUGAUUUCUAGAGUAAUAGUUCCUGGGCUACGCACAAUGUACAGAUCUAGAUCGGUCAAAUUGUGUUUUUGUCAGCUAAAGAUCUUUCUUUUGUGCUAGAUUUCAAAUGCAAUGAGAGGUGUAAAUAUCAAAUGCACCCUAGUGUAUGCUAUAAAAUUCUAAACUUUAAAUCACCAUAUGGGGUUUAAAAUGUGUUAUGUAUGAUUGAUAUAAACUUUUAGUAUUCCUGUGCCUUAGGCCAAUGGAAAUGUUUUUAAAUAAAACGGCCUAUCUUAACAGUCAA